GCUGCAGCGGGGACAUGGCUGCGUCCCCUCGGCUGUCCUGCCCCCUCCCGCCCCGACACGCUCACAAGGAAGAAAGUAAAGUUGGAAAAAAAUGGCGGCGUUGUCAGGACCUGUCCAUGUUCCACGCUGGUUGUUCAGGCCCCGGAGGAGUGGGCUAUUUCCAGGCCGGCGAUACGGCGACACCCGGUGGUCACACCGAGGAAGACAUCCGCCAUCUUUGAACUUUGAACUUCCUGACCGUCCGAUGUUGUUGACGUGAGGAGGAGACACGAUGUUGUCUCAGUUCAGGAGGACGUUGUGUGUUCUGGGAGGCGGUUCUGGUCCGGGGCUGGUCCUCCAGUCUCGGUCCACGGACGUCUUCCAGAACCUGGCUCUGGAGGACUGGGUGGACGCCAACGUGGACCUGCAGCGCCGCGGCGUCCUGCUGCUGUGGAGGAACCAGGCGGCCGUGGUCAUCGGGCGCCACCAGAACCCGUGGAGCGAGUGCGACCUGCCGGCCAUGAGGAGGGCGGGGAUCCCCGUGGCCCGCAGGCGCAGCGGCGGCGGCACCGUGUUCCACGACCCCGGGAACCUCAACAUCACCUUCUUCGCCUCCAAGAAGGCGUACGACCGGCGCCGCAACCUGAAGGUCGUCACCGAGGCGCUGAGGCGGGUCCGGCCGGGACUGGACGUCCAGGCCACCGACAGGUUCGACAUCGUACUGAACGGACACUACAAGAUCUCAGGGACGGCCUCCAGACUCAGCAGGACGUCCUCCUACCAUCACUGCACCCUGCUCCACUCGGCCGACCGCUCCGCCCUCUCUGCCGUGCUCCGCCCCUCCUGCCCCGGUAUCCGCAGCAACGCCACUCCCAGCGUGCCCUCGCCCGUCACCAACCUGAUAGACCACGCCCCCACGCUGACGUGGGAGGAGCUACUGGAGGCCGUGGCGCAGCAGUACGGCUCAGAGUUCGGCUGUAGCUCCGCCCUGACCCCCGUCGACCCGUCCGAUGAGUCCGCGUUUCCUGGUCUGGGCCGGAUGGAGGCGGAGCUUCGAGGCUGGGACUGGACGUUCGGGAAGACGCCAAAGUUCACGGUACAGACUCCUCUGGAGCUGGGGGCGGACCCGGGGACGGAGGCCACGCCCCCAGGCUGCGCCCACAUACGAAUGGAGGUGGAGGGCGGACGGAUCUCCAGCUGCCACCUGGACGUCCCGGGGGAGUGGCUUCCUGAGGGGCUGAGCGGCGAGCUCUGUGGCGCCCUGGUCGGAGGGAGGUUCUGUCGGCUUCAGGCCGCCGCCGCUGUCUCCGCCCUCCUGCUGAGGGGGCGGGCCCAGAACGGCGAGCUGCACGGACGACUGCGCCGCCUGUGUGACGCCAUCCUGGCUGUGAUUGGCUGAGUCGUGGGACCGCCCCCUGUAGGCGGUUAACUACACAGCAGAAGAAGAGACGAUGGAACCAUGAACCGUUAAUAAUAAAAAUAAUAAAGACUGAUGAGUUCAAA